UGGUGGUUAAGGACGCAGCUAGAAAGGUGGUAAACAGCACCGAGCCUUAACGCACUCCCCCCAACAUAACUCGUAUUCAGUUGUUAGCUGAGUUAAUGUUGACGUUUAUUGGUUCCCCUAGAAGGCCUUUCGUACCUGAAACCGGAUCUGGUGAGAAGUUUUAAAAGCUUUCUGCGUCAUUUACUUUUCAUUCCUCUGGGAUAACUUAAAAACGUUGGUGACACCCUGACCUGUGUAUGUGCAUGUUUACCAGGAUUGAUCGGGCACCCUUCACAUACACAUGAGUCCUGAUUUCUCUCUGAGCCGGGUCAAGCGCCAUGCCUGACCGGGACAGUUCCUACCUGUCUGGUGGUGGUGGGAGUGGUGGUAGCCUGGGUGAGGAAGGAGGACCAGGAUCAGGUUUGGCAGGGGGCUCAGCGGACGGCCGAGGUGGUUCUGGAAGUGGUGGAAACGUCUCUGGCUCAGGGGGCAUGGGUGGAGGGGGUGCGCCCGGAAACACUAAUGGAUUUGGGAAUGGCGGCGGAGGGGGGCAAGGUGCAGGACUAGCGUUGGAUGGAGUCUGCAGGGACUUCAUACGUAAUGUGUGCAAGAGAGGCAAGCGCUGCCGCUUCCGACACCCAGACUUUAACGAGGUUCCGGACUUGGGAGUUCAAAAGAACGAGUUCAUCUUCUGCCAUGACUAUCAGAACAAGGACUGCAUGCGCUCCAACUGCCGCUUUGUCCACGGAACUAAAGAAGAUGAGGACUAUUACAAGAAGACUGGAGCGUUGCCCCCCAGACUAAGAGGAAAAGUCGCUGCACGAAUGGGCCUCUCUCCGAUGGAUCUCCCCCUAAGCAGGGAGGAGGUUCCCAUCUGCAGGGACUUCCUGAAGGGAGAGUGCCUGAGAGGCAAUAAAUGUAAAUUUCGUCACGUCCAAAAGGACUAUGAAUAUGAAUCUCUGAGGGCUGGGGUGGGGGGUGUUGUGGGGCAGGGCGCGAGUGGGAUCGUGAAUGCUGUUGGAGGAAUAGGAGGGGGAGGAACUUGCGGAGGGAUUCAAGGACUCGUGGGAGGUGGAAGUAACAUGGUGGGGACUGGCUGCACCAGCCUGGGUGGGUGCAGGGAUCCAGGCUUUUCAGGGGUUGGGGGGAUAGGUGGAGGUGGAAUGAGUGGUUGUCUGUCCAUCGGGUCUUCAGGACAGAGACGCUAUGAGAGGAGCAUGUGCUCUGUGUACGACCCCCUGCUGGAGAGUGGGCUGUUUGAUGCUGGUUCUCUGGAGGCUACUAUAGACCACACUGCUCUCCAGCUGAAGAGGCGACGGCUAGAGAGCCUACGUCUGACAGACGGGAGCGGAGGGGGACACUAUGAGUUGGGAGUUCAAGCCACCCUUCAACCUCGUCCUCUGGAGUACAGAUUCCUCGAGGAGGAGAACUCCCUGCUGAGGAAAAGAGUGGAAGAGCUGAAGAAGCAGGUUUCCAAUCUCCUCGCUACAAAUGAGGUUCUCCUGGAGCAGAACGCUCAGUUCCGGAGCCAAGCCAAGGUGAUGACGCUGACUUCCACUCCUGCGCCUGCUGAGCAGAAUCUGGCUCCUCCUGUGGGUGCAGUAAGCUCCUACAACCACAGCAUUGCUCAGACUCACACCACCCUCAGCAGCGCAGGACUGCAGCCUCGGCCUGUUACACAGCAAGACCUGGUCGCUCCCACCGGUGCCCCUUCUGCUCCGCCAUCUAACGCAGCUCCGCCCACAGCCCCUCCACCACACCUCAACCCAGAGAUCACCCCGCUCUCGGCAGCCCUUGCACAGACUAUUGCACAAGGAAUGGCUCCGCCUGUUUCUAUGGCGCAGGUGGCUGUAUCUGUGGCACCAGUGGCCGUGUCCAUGACGCAGCCUCUGCCGGGCAUCACCAUGAGUCACGCCACCACUCCGAUGGUGUCGUACCCCAUCGCAAGUCAAAGCAUGAGGAUCACCACCCUGCCUCACUGAGGAAACCUGAACCUUUAAUUUGAACUUCUAAAAUGUUGACAGAGAGCUUCUUAUGUGAUUGAACAGAACGGCAGUGGCGGUAAAUGUUGACAUUUUAAUUUUCUUUGUCUGGUUUUCCCUUGAUGACAAUAUUGUGUCCUGUGGCGCUGUUACGUUUCAUGAAUGUUAGCGGGACCUUAAAAUGCGGCCAAGGUAUAUUUUACCCCAAAGUGUCAAAUAAGUUAAUGUGUGAAGUUUCUGUGUUUUGUUUUCUUAACAUUUUUAUUAUGAUUCUCCAAGUGUUUUAACUAUUGAACAGGACUGCUGUGUGUCCAUGUGUGUACAUGAAUACUCUGGGAGGAGUUUGUUUAUACUUAUGUGGAUUGAUCUGUUGCAAAAUAAAUUUUAGUACUUUCAACAUGUAAAAAACAA